GCAGCACCGCCCUCGCAGCGCGAAUUCGCUUGCGCCAUUCGUGACGCUCCGCAGCGGCGAUUUCUAUUCCACGACGACUCGCGAGGGUGCCAAUCGUGCUCUGUGUAGCCCCGCUGUGCAGUCUCAGUACUGGGUACCUUAGAACUUGAGCUGCUGUUGUUGUGGGUAGUCUUUGUUCUCGAGUCAGAUGAAGAAGGGUGUGCACCCCGCGCUGCAGUGGAUCCGCAUCAUCUCUCCCCACGGUCGUUUAGUGCGCGUUUUGGCUGGUAAAGCCUUCAAGCUCGACCGCCCGAGUUACGUUCGUGACCCUGGUAAACAAUCCGAGACUGUUGGCACUCUCGCCAAGUUCAAGCGUCGUUUCGAGUUCGCUCCCAAAGCGCCGUCUGCUUCCCCACCUCCUGCCUCCGGAUCGCCCUCCUCUGCACCCUCUGGUUCUCCGUCCUCGUAGGUCAGUUCUACGCUGCAGACAGCUUUGACAAAGUACAGACAUGGAGCUUCAGGGAAAUGUAGGGUUGUUGUCCAAUGCGCCUCCGAAGCUUGAAGAUGCCGGUCUUGAGGAUUGUGCAUUACCAAUUGAGGGGGUUCAGGAGGCUUUUCGGAUAGCGGCUGAGAAAGCAAAAGCGGCUGCUGAAAGCCUUAAGAUUAACUUGAAGAGUUGGGACGAGGAUGUUGGAGGUUGUCUUUCGUAUCCUAAGCCCACAACCGGAGAUUUGAAGGAUGCUGGAAUAGGCUUGGCUGGAUCAACACCGGAUGAAAGCUGUGUUGAAACGAACACUGGAGGUCUAUUGGAGGAGGGAACAGAUGCUGUAGUCGAUCCUGUAGGGGAGCCUAAGGAAGACAAGUUAGUGAGUGGCAUAGAUGUCCAGCCGAAACUUGGAGAGGAUGGGUGUGUGGGUCCUGUAAUUGGAGCCGAACCAUCUGCAACCACGGAUUCGGCCGAUGACGGCGGCGAUGAGGAGCCUAAAGGUCCCUCACUUACUGAAGCUUAUCUUUAAGAUGAUAAGGCAGCACGUUCUCUCUGCAAUCUGAAGUUUUUAAAAAAUAACACCAUAACUUGCCUGGGUCUCCUUCCCAUCAUUAACGAUUUCA